AUGCGAUUUGAAUACUUCCUCGCUUGCGGCCUAGUGGCACUCGUGGCGGUUGCUUAUGUCACAGCCACCUCAUCCGAUUCAACGGGAUCCUCUUCAAAUUCCACUUCAUCAUCUUCAAAUUCUACUAGUUCUUCUUCAAAUUCUACAACUACGUCGACUCCCAGCACUACGACUUCGUCUACAAGUCCUUCCAGCACGACAAGUACUUCCUCGACUACACCAACAACCUCGACCACAUCUUCUAGUGAUACUAGCAGCGCCGCUGAGGAGAAAAGGCUGAAGCGCAAACUUCGCAGGCUGCGUCGUCAGGAGAGACGCCUGAGGAAACGCGAGGAGAGGGAGAGAAAGCGGCUGCAGGAGAGACGUGAGAAGAGGAGUGCAAAGAAGCGUCGCAACCGUAGGGGUUAA